GAGCAGCCACGAAACGAGGUGCUAUCUGCUACGACUGCUACAACUACUUCUGAUACUAGACCGAAAAGGACUUCUACGAUUCCUACCCGUUGAACAAGCAACCUCAGUUUCUGGAAAACCACCGAAACAAGGACGACGAACGAUCGAAUUCCGGCGAAAAAUAAUCGGAAAUGGGCUCGGCGGCUACCAAAGAAGAUAAGAAUCAGCCAAGUUCUCCGGGGAAGGUUGCUGUUGUCGGCGCCGGUGUCAGUGGGCUGGCUGCUGCGUACAAGCUGAGAUCGCGUGGCUACAAUGUUACUGUGUUUGAAGCCGAAGGGAGUGCUGGAGGGAAGCUGAGAAGUGUUUCUCGUGAUGGUUUGAUUUGGGAUGAGGGGGCCAAUACCAUGACUGAGAGCGAGGUGGAGGUCACGGCAUUGCUUGAUGAACUCGGACUUCGAGAGAAGCAACAGUUUCCGAUUUCACAGAACAAGCGGUAUAUUGUAAGAAACGGAGUUCCAGUGAUGAUUCCUACAAAUCCACUUGCGUUGAUCACGAGUAACAUCCUGUCCACAAAAUCAAAGAUUCAGAUAAUCCUGGAGCCUUUUUUGUGGAAGAAAAAUGAGCCUUCAAAAGUCUGUGAUGCUUAUGCAGCAGAAAGUGUGGGACAGUUCUUUGCGCGACAUUUUGGAGAAGAGGUUGUUAACUAUCUAAUUGACCCUAUGGUUGCUGGGACAAGUGGAGGAGAUCCUGAAUCUCUUUCUGUGAGUAAUAUCUCAUUUCUUGGAACCAUGCAAUAACUUCUUUAUGGUUGCUUCAUGUUUCAGAAACACAGACCACAAUGAACACACACACACACACACACACACUUGAAGACACACAGAUAUGAGAAUAAUUUGUCAAACAAGACUUAGCAAUUGUUUCUUUGUUUGAGAGAUAAAGUUAGAAAAUGAACUCUUAUGGCAUUUAUCUGUCUUCAUUUUGACACCUAGUUGAAUCUAAAUUGCUGUUUGAUUAUGCAACUUGUAUGGUCAUUACUUCUUCGUUGAGUUAUGAUCACUAGGGCUGUGUGGCCUAAUUUGUCUCUCUUAUCUCAUUUACCCUCCAUAUACCUUAACCAUACAUAACCUUCCUUCCAUGAAACAGGCGCAACAUUCUUUUCCCGAGCUGUGGAAUCUUGAAAAUCGGUUUGGCUCUAUAAUAGCUGGAACAAUCCAGGCAAAGUGGUCAGCUAAAAAGAACAAGGGUGGAGAAACCAUGGGUUCUGGGAGGAAAAAACAACGUGGUUCAUUUUCCUUUAUUGGUGGAAUGCAGACACUUACUGAUAGACUGUGCAAGGAGAUUGAGAAGGAUGAGCUUAAACUAGGAUCAAAAGUUUUGUCACUUGCUUACAAUUGUGACGCCAAAUCAACCCCAGCCAACUGGUCAAUUUCAUAUGCAUCUAAUAGUGACAAGCCGUCACACUGUUCAUCCUACAAUGCUGUCGUCAUGACGGUCCAGUAUAUGCCCCUCUCAGUGUUAAUUACUACUUUUAAGAAAGAGAAUGUUAGGAGGCCGCUUGAAGGGUUUGGGGUUCUUAUCCCCUCUAAGGAGCAACAAAAUGGUCUAAAGACCCUUGGUACUCUCUUUUCCUCUAUGAUGUUUCCAGACCGUGCACCAGAUGACCAAUAUCUCUACACAACCUUUGUUGGUGGAAGUAGAAACAAGGAACUAGCAAAAGCGUCAACGAAUGAUCUCAAACAGAUAGUUACAUCUGAUCUAAGGCAGCUGUUAGGAGUGGAAGGAGAGCCCACCUUUGUCAAUCAUUUUUACUGGAGCAAAGCAUUUCCCCUUUACGGGCGGGACUAUCAAUCCGUACUAGAAGCAAUAGACAAAAUGGAGAAAAAUCUCCCGGGAUUCUUCUAUGCAGGUAACCAUAAAGGUGGACUGUCUGUUGGAAAAUCAAUAGCCUCUGGUUGCAAGGCAGCUGAUCUUGUAAUCUCCUAUCUGGACUCUUCUUCUGACAAUAUGGAGCCAAAUUAA